CUCCUCCCUCUGUCUCUUUCUACAGUCAAAAAAGCCAAGUUUGAUGGUGCUCAAGAAAAAUUCAAUACCUAUGUGACCCUGAAGGUGCAGAAUGUUAAGAGCACCACCAUCGCGGUGCGGGGGAACCUGCCAUGCUGGGAGCAGGAUUUCAUGUUUGAAAUUAAUCGCCUGGACCUUGGCCUGACCGUGGAAGUUUGGAAUAAAGGGCUCAUCUGGGACACCAUGGUGGGCACAGUAUGGAUCCCCUUAAGGACCAUUCGCCAGUCUAAUGAGGAGGGCCCUGGUGAAUGGCUCACCUUGGACUCUCAAGUCAUCAUGACAGACAAUGAGAUCUGUGGUACCAAGGAUCCCACUUUCCAUCGAAUUCUUCUGGAUACCCGAUUUGAACUGCCCUUGGACAUCCCUGAGGAAGAAGCUCGGUAUUGGGCAAAGAAGCUGGAGCAGUUGAAUGCUAUGAGGGACCAGGAUGAUUAUUCAUUCCAAGAAGAACAGGACAAGCCUCUUCCUGUUCCUAGCUCCCAGUGUUGCAACUGGAGUUAUUUUGGCUGGGGGGAGCAGCAGAAUGAAGACCCAGACAGUGCUGUGGAUGACCGGGACAGUGAUUACCGCAGUGAGACAAGUAACAGCAUCCCACCACCCUACUACACCACAUCCCAGCCAAAUGCCUCUGUCCACCAGUAUUCGGUCCGACCUCCUCCACUGGGCUCCCGAGACUCCCGAGACUCUUACAGUGACUCUAUGAGGAGUUAUGAUGACUAUUCAGAAGCACCUCCAGUCAGCCCAACUGGUAGCAGUCGCUAUGCCUCCUCUGGGGAACUGAGCCAGGGCAGCUCCCAGCUGAGUGAGGACUUUGAUCCAGAUGACCAAAGCUUACAGGGUUCAGAGAUAGACGAAGAGAGGGAUCGAGACUCUUAUCACUCCUGCCACAGUUCAGUUAGCUACCAUAAAGACUCUCCACAUUGGGAUCAGAAUGAGGAGGAGGAGGAGGAAGAAGAAGACUUGGAGGAGGAAGACUUAGAGGAGGAAGACCUAGAAGAAGACUUGGAAGAAGACCUAGAGGAUGAGGGGCUGAGGCAGGGAGGCUACAGUGAGAAUGAGGAAGAAUACUCCAAGGAAGAAAGCUACCCACCAGUUGCUCCCACAUCCUCAGAAAGGGAGGAAAAACCCUCUCCAGUGUCUGCUGAAGUCCCUGAAGUUGCCAAGAUGCCUCCAGAGUCAGCAGCAGCUGAGGAGGUGCCUGGAGCAGAGCGGGCACCUGAGCCAGAACCUCCAAAGCUGGAAGAGAGUUACAGGGAUCGUGAAGAAGAAGAGGGGCAGGACUCCAUGUCCAGAGCCAAGGCCAACUGGCUACGAGUAUUCAACAAAGUUCGGAUGCAACUCCAGGAGGCCCGAGGAGAAGGAGACAUGUCUAACUCACUCUGGUUCAAAGGCGGGCCUGGAGGUGGUCUCAUCAUCAUAGACAGCAUGCCUGACAUACGCAAAAGAAAACCAAUCCCCCUUGUGAGCGAUCUGGCGAUGUCCCUGGUCCAGUCCCGGAAGGCUGGGAUCACCUCUGCACUGGCCUCCAGCACCUUAAACAAUGAAGAGCUAAAAAACCAUGUUUACAAGAAGACGCUUCAAGCCUUAAUCUAUCCCAUCUCCUGCACAACCCCCCACAACUUCGAGGUGUGGACGGCCACCACACCCACCUACUGCUACGAGUGUGAGGGACUGCUGUGGGGCAUUGCGAGACAGGGCAUGAGAUGUACCGAGUGUGGGGUCAAAUGUCACGAGAAAUGCCAGGACUUACUCAAUGCUGACUGCCUACAGCGAGCUGCAGAAAAGAGUUCCAAACAUGGAGCUGAAGACCGCACACAGAACAUCAUUAUGGUGCUUAAGGACCGUAUGAAGAUCCGGGAGCGGAACAAGCCUGAGAUCUUUGAGCUGAUCCAGGAGAUCUUUGCAGUCUCCAAGACAACACACACACAGCAGAUGAAAGCUGUAAAACAGAGUGUCCUGGAUGGGACAUCCAAGUGGUCGGCUAAGAUCAGUAUCACUGGUGAGGUCCACCUGGGUGUUGGGAUCUAUGACCCUCAAAGGUUUCCCCAAGAGCUGAACGUGGGCAAGAUCAGUGCGGAGGUGAUGUGGAACCUGUUUGCUCAGGACAUGAAGUAUGCCAUGGAGGAGCACGACAAACAUCGACUGUGUAAGAGUGCCGACUACAUGAACUUGCACUUCAAAGUCAAAUGGUUGUACAACGAGUAUGUGACGGAGCUGCCCUCCUUCAAGGACCGGGUGCCUGAAUACCCUGCGUGGUUUGAGCCUUUUGUUAUCCAGUGGCUGGAUGAGAAUGAGGAGGUGUCCCGAGACUUCCUCCAUGGAGCUUUGGAGCGUGACAAGAAGGAUGGGUUCCAGCAGACCUCUGAGCAUGCCCUGUUCUCCUGCUCUGUGGUGGAUGUCUUCUCCCAGCUCAACCAGAGCUUUGAGAUCAUCAAGAAACUUGAGUGCCCUGAUCCACAGAUUGUAGGCCACUACAUGCGUCGAUUUGCCAAGACGAUCAGCAACGUCCUGUUACAGUAUGCUGAGAUCAUCUCCAAGGACUUCACCACCUACUGCUCUAAGGAGAAGGAAAAAGUGCCAUGUAUCCUCAUGAACAACACCCAGCAGCUCCGGGUACAACUGGAGAAGAUGUUUGAGGCCAUGGGUGGAAAGGAGCUGGAUGCUGAAGCCAGUGACAUUUUAAAGGAACUUCAGGUGAAACUCAAUAAUGUGCUGGAUGAGCUCAGUCGACUAUUUGCCACCAGCUUCCAGCCACACAUAGAAGAGUGUGUCAAGCAGAUGGGGGACAUCCUGAGUCAAGUGAAGGGCACAGGGAAUGUGCCAGCCAGUGCUUGCAGCAGUGUUGCCCAGGAUGCUGAUAACGUCCUCCAGCCCAUCAUGGACCUGUUGGACAGCAACCUGACCCUCUUUGCCAAAAUCUGUGAGAAGACAGUGCUGAAGCGAGUACUGAAGGAGCUCUGGAAGCUGGUGAUGAACACAAUGGAGAAGACCAUAGUCCUGCCACCCCUCACAGACCAGACGAUGAUUGGAACGCUCUUGAGAAAACAUGGCAAGGGAUUAGAGAAGGGCAGGGUGAAACUCCCCAGCCACUCAGACGGGACUCAAAUGAUCUUCAAUGCUGCCAAGGAGCUGGGCCAACUCUCAAAGCUCAAGGACCACAUGGUACGAGAGGAGGCCAAGAGCUUGACCCCCAAGCAGUGUGCUGUGGUGGAACUGGCUCUGGACACUAUCAAGCAAUACUUCCAUGCUGGUGGCGUGGGGCUCAAGAAGACCUUCUUGGAAAAAAGCCCAGACCUGCAGUCCCUCCGUUAUGCCCUGUCUCUCUACACGCAGGCCACAGACCUGCUCAUCAAAACUUUUGUCCAGACUCAGUCUGCUCAGGUUCAUGGUGGAAAAGGUAUUAGGUUUACUCUUAGUGAAGAAAUUUAUCCUGAGAAGGGAUCAGGAGUGGAUGACCCUGUCGGUGAGGUUUCUGUCCAUGUGGAGCUCUUCACCCACCCAGGUACUGGGGAACACAAGGUUACAGUGAAAGUUGUGGCAGCCAAUGACCUCAAGUGGCAAACGUCAGGCAUCUUUCGGCCUUUCAUCGAGGUCAAUAUCAUUGGGCCCCAGCUUAGUGACAAGAAAAGGAAAUUUGCCACCAAGUCCAAGAACAACAGCUGGGCUCCCAAGUACAACGAGACCUUCCAGUUCACGCUGAGCGCAGACGCGGGCCCCGAGUGCUACGAGCUGCAGGUGUGUGUCAAGGAUUACUGCUUCGCCCGCGAGGACCGCACGGUGGGCCUGGCCGUGCUCCAGCUCAAGGAGCUGCUGCAGCGCGGGAGCUGCGCCUGCUGGCUGCCCCUGGGCCGCCGCAUCCACAUGGACGACACCGGCCUCACCGUCCUGCGUAUCCUCUCUCAGCGUAGCAACGAUGAGGUGGCCAAGGAAUUCGUCAAGCUCAAAUCGGACACCCGCUCUGCUGAGGAGGGCGGCGCCGGACCCGGACCCGGGUCUGGGCAGGGGCCUGGGCCCUAG